UCUCUGGGCUUGGGGUAGAGGAGUGCUCAGCUCCUUCCUUCCUUCUUCUUCUUUGCUCCUACUUUUCUCUAAGCCACCAUGAGCAGGCAGUGUAGCUCCAGGUCGGUGUGCCGGGGCGGAAGGGGCUUUAGCUCUGGCUCCGCAGGCAUUGUCAGCCUCCAUCGCAGGUCCACCAGCAGCUCUGUCCGCCGCAGUGGAGGAGGUGGCGGGAGAAUUUCAGGAGGAUUCUGUGGUGGAGGUGCUGGAGGUGCCGGUGGUGGCUUUGGCAGUCGGAGUCUUGUUAAUCUUGGUGGCAGCAAGAGCAUCUCCAUAAGUGUGGCUGGAGGAGGUGGUCGUAGUGGUUUUGGUGGUGGUGGUUUUGGUGGUGGUGGUUUUGGCGGUGGUGGCUUUGGUGGUGGCGGCUUUGGAGGUGGAGGCUUUGGUGGUUUUGGCAGUGGAGGUGGUUUUGGCAGUGGAGGUGGUUUUGGAGGUGGUGGAUUUGGAAUUGGUGGAUAUGGGGGUGGCUUUGGGCCUGUCUGCCCCCCUGGUGGCAUCCAAGAAGUCACCAUCAAUCAGAGCCUUCUGCAACCCCUCAAUGUGGAGAUUGACCCUGAGAUCCAAAAAGUCAAGUCUCGAGAAAGGGAACAGAUCAAGACACUCAACAACCAAUUUGCCUCCUUCAUUGACAAGGUGAGGUUCCUGGAGCAGCAGAACCAGGUGCUACAAACAAAAUGGGAGCUGCUGCAGCAGGUGGACACCACCACAAGAACCCACAGUUUAGAGCCCUACUUCGAGACCUAUAUUUCCAACCUCCGAAGGACAGUGGACCAACUGAAGGGCGACCAAUCUCGGAUGGAUUCGGAACUGAAGAACAUGCAAGAUCUGGUGGAGGAUUACCGUAACAAGUAUGAGGAUGAGAUCAACAAGAGGACCAAUGCAGAGAAUGAAUUUGUGACCAUCAAGAAGGAUGUAGAUGGUGCUUACAUGACUAAGGUGGACCUUCAUGCCAAAGUUGACAACUUGCAGCAAGAAAUUGAAUUCCUUACCACACUCUACCAAGCAGAGUUGUCUCAGAUGCAGACUCACAUCAGUGAAACCAAUGUCAUCCUCUCCAUGGACAACAACCGCAGCCUGGACCUGGACAGCAUCAUUGCUGAGGUCAAGGCCCAGUAUGAGGACAUUGCCCAGAGGAGCAAGGCUGAGGCCGAGGCCCUGUACCAGACCAAGUAUGAAGAGCUGCAGGUCACUGCUGGCAAACAUGGUGACAGUGUGAAAAACUCAAAGAUGGAGAUUUCUGAGCUGAAUCGGGUGAUCCAAAGACUCAGAUCUGAAAUCGACAGUGUUAAGAAGCAGAUCUCCCACCUUCAGCAGUCCAUCAGUGAUGCUGAGCAGCGUGGCGAGAAUGCCCUCAAAGAUGCCCAGAACAAACUGAAUGAGCUGGAGGAUGCUCUUCAGCAGGCCAAGGAGGACCUGGCCCGGCUGCUGCGUGACUACCAGGAGCUGAUGAACACCAAGCUGGCCCUGGACAUGGAGAUUGCCACCUACAGGACCCUCUUGGAAGGAGAGGAAAGCAGGAUGUCUGGAGAGUGUACCCCCAACGUGAGUGUGUCCGUGAGCACCAGCCACACCAGCAUCAGUGGAAGUAGUAGCCGAGGAGGUGGCGGCUAUGGCUCUGGAGGAGGCGGCUAUGGCUCCGGAGGUGGCGGCUAUGGCUCCGGAGGUGGUGGUAGCUACGGCUCCGGAGGUGGCAGCUACGGUUCUGGAGGUGGCGGCGGAGGCGGCAGCUAUGGCUCUGGAGGCCACAAAGGUGGCUCAGGAAUGGGUGGCGGCAGCUCUGGUGGCCGGGUUUCCGGCGGUGGUAGCUCUGGAGGCAGCUACAGCUCCUCUGGAGGCCGGGGAUCCAGCUCUGGGGGUGUCAAGAGCUCUGGUGGCAGUUCUAGUGUGAAGUUUGUUUCCACCAGUUAUUCCCGAGGGUCCAGAUAAAGAGGUGCUCUCUAUUCCAUUAGCUCUUCCCUCUCCAUCCCUACCAAAUGUGCUUGACAAGAGAUCAAGGUCAAUUGCCCAAGCCUUAUUGGAGAAAAGAGCUAUGGUUAGCUACACCAUCUCAUCCUAUUUCCCUUGCUCUUUCUUUUCUGCUUUGCUUCCAAAAGAAGUCAUUAGAUCAAUGACAGUCUCAGUCCCCUGGCUAAAACCCUGCUUUGUGUAUUGCCUGAGAAUAGCUCAGCAAUUACCACUACACACAUGACAUUUCAAAGAGCCUCAGUAAUCCAGCCAGACGAGGACUAAUUAUACCCAGGGCUUCUUUGCUGUGCACAGAGAGCAUGUUCUGGACAGCUCCUUAAUAGCCUGUCUCUUGCAGCAAACUCUGUGCUGCUUUGGUUUUGUAUAUAAGGUGUAUGCAAGAUGUUUGUCUUUUAUGGAGAGGUCUUAAACUCCCCAUUUCCUUGUUUUGCUGCAAUAAACUGCAUUUGAAAUUCUC